AUGAUUAGCGAUUGGCACAUAUACGAUUUGGCGAAUUACGAUAUGCAACGAACGAGUGGUGACACUGAAGGCGCUCGGUCGCUCGGUGUACCGACGAAGAAUUGGUUGGCAGCCUGGCAAAGCGAAGGAAUGAGAAAUAUCAAGUGGUUUUACCUAAUAAAUGCGUCCUUCGCAGUCGACCUGGUUGUGAUAUCAGAAGCAGCAUUGUCACGUUUCAAUCUCAAGCUGUACGCCACCGUGAAGACUUUCAGACGGGAGAAUCAAAACACUAGUUCCCGUAAAAGAGUCCGUUACUGA